AUGACAGACACGCGAAAACCGUCCAAGGUGGUUCCGGGGCAUCGAGGGAAAACCGCAGCCACCGGCACGGCCACCUGUCAGCUGGCGUGGAUCGAGAGUGACAAGCGCGGACAGCCGGAAUUGGAACGGGAACCCUUCCUGUCGGUGGCCGCGAGCGAUGGCAGCGAGUCCAGCCUGGAGUGCGAAAGGUUGUGCGAUCCGCGGGCAGCGAAAAAGACGCGCAUUUUCGCCAUCGACCUCGAGCGCGGGGGCGCCGCGAAGAAGGGUCUCGAUGACACACCGGAGUCCCGAGCAGAGUCGACGGAUAGCUCAACGGGCAGCUCACCCGGGACGACCCGGUCCAACAGCAGCAGCAGCAGCAGUAGUAACGAUGAUUCUCACAGCGAUGCCAAACUAGUCGAUAAGCUGCGGAAGGUGAACCGCCGGAAGCGGAAACAAACGCGGACCGCCAAGCUGCUCCAGUUGUGUCAGUGCUGUCCUUGGGCCGUGCCAUGGAGUCUGCUGAUUGUCAGUGCCCUGCAGAUUUCCGUCUUCAUUUUCAACAAUAAUGCCAUCCAUCAGAAGCUCAUCUUUUCGCCGGUCAAACAGUAUGAGGUUUGGCGCUUUGUAACGUACACAUUUCUUCACGCCGGAAGUGUCCACCUGGUGCUCAACAUUAUCAUUCAGAUACUGGUGGCGUUUCCUCUGGAAACGGAGCAAGGGCAUGACAAGGUGUUGCUGGUGUACUUCGCCGGCAUUCUCGCCGGAGGACUCGGUGCUUCCGUCUUCGAGCCAACCCUCAUGGUCGGCGCUUCGGCCGGCGUGUACUGUUUGCUCAUGAGCCAUAUACCACAUAUCAUUAUGAACUUUAAAACUCUCUCCUAUCGUUACUAUCGCCUGCUCGCCGUGUUGGUGCUGUGCAUCAGUGACGUGCUGUACUCCAUCCGACACUGCCUUACCAAAGGGAACCUUCAGCCGCGGAUCGGUGUUGCGGCGCACAUCAGCGGAGCCAUCUGUGGUCUGCUCCUCGGGUUCGCCAUCUACCGCUCCAAGGUGCAGCCCGACUCGGCUGGACUGAUCGCCGUCUUCCGGACGCUGCGCUACCUGGCCAUAGCGCUCUUCAUCGGAUGGAUCGGAGCCACCGUGCUCUACAAUCUCAACCGAAGCCAUGUGAUCUAGACACGCUGUCUAGCCAUACGCCAUUAACAUUACCUACACCCAAAUUAGUCAAUAAGUUAAGUUUUGCAACUCGCCCCAAUGAUUUAUUCUCGAUUUAU